AUGCCUCACGCAGACUCCUCUUACUUCGGCGCCGGCAAUGGCUCCAAAUCCGAAGUCUACACCCAGGUCCUAGAGCAAGCUCGGGGUCUGGUAUACGACCAGCGCAAUUGGCUAACCAACCACUUCUCCCACCGCCAACAGGUCAGUAAUUUCUCCAACGUCGCCUCCCUCCUCUGGCACGCCUACGCUGCUCUCCCCGCCCCCUCCUCCUCCGUCAACUGGGCCGGCUUCUACAUCCGCCAGGACAAGUUCCCCGUCCUCGGCGCACCUUUGGAAGAGGACAGCAAAAAGAAGCCCGUCCUCCUUCUCGGUCCAUUCCAGGGCCGUCCGGCAUGUCAGGAGAUUCGCUUCGGGCGGGGCGUGUGCGGAACGGCAGCUGAGAAGCGCGAGACGGUCGUCGUGCCGGAUGUGUUGAACUUCCCGGGCCAUAUUGCGUGCGAUGCGAGCAGCCGGAGUGAGAUUGUGGUGCCGAUUUUGAGCAAGGGGGAGACUGUUGCGAUUAUCGAUAUUGAUUGUGCGGAGCCGGAUGGAUUUGAUGAUGAGGAUAAAAAAUAUCUGGAGGAGUUGGCUGCGCUGCUGGCGGAGUGCUGUGAUUGGUGA